AUGGGAAAUGAGAGGAGUGAGAGGAGGUACUACCACUGCACUCUCUACUACACUCACCCAACCUCAACCUCAAUAUGGUUGCCUCUGUGUGGAGUGUGGAGUGAUGGUGAGAGCGAGGUCCCAAAGUUUGAAAAUGGGACUCACAUUCUCAGCGAAAUCUCUUGGAGUGUGGAGGCAGCUGCUAUAAUGGCAACUGUGCUUGUUUUGCAUGAUACAAAUAGUCAGUAG